UGAACGAGCGAGAGACGGUGGAGUUAAUGUUUGAUAUUUUGCAUUGCUCAGUCUAUCUCUACUGUCAGUGUAUAACAAAUUGAGUUCGCUCCGCAUCGCAAAGUACGAAAAAUGGCUAGCAAUACCCAAGGAAUUCAACAAUUGUUGGCUGCCGAAAAGAAGGCCGCCGAUAAAGUCGGAGAUGCACGUAAACGUAAGGCACGUCGUUUGAAGCAAGCCAAGGAUGAGGCAACAGAAGAAAUUGAGAAGUACCGCGCUGAACGUGAGAAGCAAUUCAAAGAAUUCGAAGCCAAGCAUAUGGGUUCACGCGAAGGAGUUGCCAGCAAAAUUGACGCUGAUACCCAGGUCAAGCUUCAGGAAAUGAUUCGUCAAUUGGGAACAACAAAAGAGCCAGUCUUGCAGGCUGUGUUGGACUACGUGUAUGAUAUCGCCGUCGAAAGGCACAAAAACUACCAUGAUGAUCUUUAAGUUGAACGAUUUUCGCGCGCCCCCAAAAAAUCAUCUGCUGCCAAAACGUUUUCAAUGUUAUUACAGCUCAAUGUAUGCGGUUUAUUUUCAAUUACUCGCACAUAUUAUGUCAUCAUUAGUGAAAAUUACGCCCCAGAAAUUUUCAAUUCGAGCGAAUUCAUUUUGGUGUUUACAAGUUGUAUUACUUAAAAUUAUUAGCUCGUUCUUUUUCUUCUUUUGUUCAAUCGAAACUUUUAUGUUUUUUUUUCUUCUGUUGUAUUAACAUUCCAAAUUAAUUAGAUAGAACCAUUGAUAUGCAACAGCAGCUCAUUCCAAGGCUCACAAUUAUUCAAAUUGAAUGAGUUUGUGUAGAACACAUUUCUUCUUAAUAGAUUUAUAAAUUGUAAAUACAUACGAGAAAAGAAACCGAAGUAUUAAAUUCACUGAUAAAAUCUCA